CCAAGAAAUGAGAGAAUAUAAAAGAAUUGCAGGAAAAAUAUACAUACUCGCCUCGCAUAGGUAGGAAAAUUGAAAUAAAAACACAAUAAAAUAAAAUAUAAGAAAAUAGAAAUAUUGGUGUUAAAUAAGAACAACAAAAAACCAAACAAACGUGUCAAUAUUUAUGCUUUCAUGAUGAAAAGUAUAAUAAAAACAACAACAACAAAAAUAACAAUAAUAAAAACAAAUGUGUAUACCCCCAAAAAGCCAACAACAACAUCAGUAGCAAUAGCAGCAGCAGCAGCAACAACUACAACAACAACCAAAAUAGAGAGAUGAGAAUAAAAACACACGUUAACGCCAGCAGCAUCAGACGCAGAAGCAGCGCGCAACCAACAACACUAACAACAGCAUUAUUUAGGACGUGUAUUUUAUCAGGAAGGAAACAUCAUCAUCAGUAUAAAGCCGGUUUUAAAUAUUAAAAUACAUAUAAAAUAAAAUAAUGAAAGGAAAAAGCUAAAAAAAUACAUAUAAAACUAAACUAAAAAUCCUUAUUAACCUUAUUUAAAAAGUGUUUUAAACUAAAAUAAAAAUAUAAUCUUAUAUAUUAUAUGUGAAAUCAGACACAAACUACUUGAAAAUUAAGAAGAAAAGAAAAACCUACAUUCUAUUCUUCAGCUGCUUCUUCUUCUUCAACUACUAUUAAUUCUACAAAACGCCCUCGCAUCUGUUCUGCAUUUAGUUGAUGUUUCAUAUAAGAUGCCAGGACUUGUUGUUUUUAGAAGACGCUGGUCGGUAGGCUCAGAUGAUCUAGUGGUGCCUGGAGCAUUUCUAGUAACCAUACAUUUCUUAUGUGUGAUAACUGUAAUUGUAUCAUUGGCCAUUUUUGAUUACGAUACCAGUAUAACAGAUGUUAAAUUACUUUUUUAUCAUCAAAUUGGUUAUUUAGCUAUAUUAAGUGUUUCAUUAUUUAUAGAAAUAGGAAUAUGCAUAAUAUCAAUGCGUGGCAGUAUAUUGGACUCUGAUGUCAGGGCACCAAUAAAUAUAUGGAUUUAUAUUAAAACUGUGGUAAUGUUAUUCGAUAUUGCCUGGUUGAUUAUGGGAACAAUGUGGCUGACAAAAUAUUAUUUACAAUCCACCAUUGUUAGUACAGAAAAGAAAAUCUUUUUUGCAAUUAUGAUCUCAAACUGGGCCUUAGUAUUUGUUACGAUGGCAACGAUCUGGUGUACCUUUGAUACAGCCGGUCGUUCAUGGGUGAAAAUGAAGAAGUAUCAACGAUCAAUGCGUGAAACAGAGUCACGUUUUAAUUAUAAACGCAGCAAUAGUAUGAAUCGUAAUUGGCGUCAAAGAAAAGUUAUUCGAGCCUAUCAGGACAGCUGGGAUCAUCGCUGUCGUUUACUAUUCUGUUGCAUAGGUUCGUCGGAACGCAAUCGUAACUCCUUCACCGAUAUAGCUCGACUACUGAGUGACUUUUUUCGUGAACUGGAUGUAGUGCCGUCAGAUGUGGUGGCUGGUUUGGUGCUGUUGCGUAAAUUUCAACGUCUGGAACGUGAAGCGGUAGUACGACAACGAAAAAAUGGUACCUAUGAAUUUCUAAGCGGUGUACCCAUCACGGAACGUACGAAAUUUUUAGCCUUAAAUGAUGCGAAAAAUUAUGAUUUCUUUCAAACUGUUAUACAUUAUAUGUACUUUGCUCAGGGUGCAUACGGUUGGCCCAUGUACUUUAUAAUAAAUAGAUCGAAAAUGUACAAUUUAAUACCGGAAUUAAAAUGUUUUGGUUGUUGCGUUAAUCCCACCACUGAAGCGGAAAUAAUUCAAGACAAUUGCUGCUAUUGCAACUAUGCUGCUCUCAAGAAAACUCUACAAGUUGGUGAUAUUGAAAUUGUGUAUGUCACCUAUCAUGUGGAUGUGGGCGAAACACCAUUUUUCGUUGCCAUCGAUUAUACCCAAAAGAAAAUUGUUGUCAGCAUACGUGGUACCUUGAGUAUGAAAGAUAUUCUCACGGAUCUAAAUGCCGAAGCUGAAGUGUUACCUUUGAAUCCACCGCGUGACGAUUGGUUGGGUCAUAAGGGAAUGGUUCAAGCGGCAAUUUAUAUACGUAACAAAUUGGAAGAGCAAAAUAUCAUACGGAAUGCUCUCAACAAGAAUCUCGAGCGUAAUACACAUACGUUCGGUUUAGUAUUAGUGGGUCAUUCGUUGGGUGCCGGCACUGCCGCCAUAUUGGCGAUAUUAAUGAAGGCCGACUAUCCAACGUUACAGUGUUUUGCCUAUUCGCCGCCAGGUGGUUUACUAAGUAUGCCAGCUGUAGAGUAUUCUAAAACGUUUAUAACUUCAGUGGUUUUGGGUAAAGAUGUUGUACCUCGCAUUGGUUUAUACCAAAUGGAAGCUUUAAGAGCUGAUCUCAUAAACGCUAUACAACGUAGUAUAGAUCCUAAGUGGAAAACUAUAUCAUGUUCAAUGAUAUGUUGCUGUUGUGGACCUGAACCCAAGUCCGUUGUAGAAAUGUCCGUAAAAGAUACUCAUAUUAAUAAAUAUCAAGAAGAACGCGAUUCAGCACGUUCGGCCAGUACACAUCCCGCGGAUAGUACCAUAGCAUUAACCAUACAUCAACCAUUAUAUCCGCCAGGACGUAUAAUACACAUUAUACGUCAUCAUCCCAGAGCCGAUGAAAAUGUUUUAAAAAGUCGAGAACCUGUUUAUCAGGCCAUUUGGGCUGAUAGCAUUGACUUUGAUGAGGUGCUAAUAUCACCGGUAAUGCUGCAAGAUCAUAUGCCGGACAAAGUAUUGGCUGCUCUAAAAAAGGUAAUUUCCGAUGCUACCGAAGACAGUACAUCGGUUAAUAGUUCAUACAAUUUAAAUGCUCAUGCGUAUGGUCCUCGCAAACCACAUCGCCAGUCAUCGAAUGCAUUUUCCACCACAUCUAAUGAUUUAUACCGCAGCAAUCAAGAUGUCUACAGUUAUUAUAAUUGUUCCAAUAUGGAAUUACAUCAGACACAUCAUCAGCAUCAUCACAAUGCCAAUCACAUGAGUUCGGACGCAAAUGGACCUCAUGAUAGUUUAGAUUCGAGGCCCAGUUUAAGUCAAACACCCACCUCAUCAUCCACCACACAGCAACAACUGCAGCAACAAAGAGUAUGUCUAGAGACGUCAUUUACAAAUCUCCAUAGUCCUCAAAUGACCCACAAACAUGCACACUUUCCCGAAAGUAUGAGUUCCAGUAAGGCCUCCUCGUUGGCGGGCAGUAUUUUAAGUCGCAGCCAAAUCAGCUGUAUACAAUACGACAUAUCAAGUGCAAUGGAGAAUAGCAUUACUACGGUGACACGCAAGAGUCCCAUUAACGUCAGCAGUGCAGAGAUGGUGAAAGUGGAACAAGUCGAAUUGGUGUUGCAGCCACCAAAAACCAAAUGUGUGGCAUUUGAAGACACUCCAUCACCGCUAAGCAAUUUAAAGCGACAACAUUCGGCCAAAAUAGAAAAGAAACCCAAAUCUCUACCCAUACCGCCUCUAAGGCGAGCAUCAGAUGUCACAAAUGGUGCAGAAACGGAUGAAUGGUGCGGUUUAGCACCGCUGGCCAGUCCAGAAACCCUUUCGGAAAUAUCAAGUAUAUCAUCUCGCAACAGUGUACGCAAUAGUCUGGCCACUAGUAUAGAUCACUAUUUGCAGAAUGUGACCAACAAUAAUGUGGUCGAUAUCAAUGAUGUUUUCGAAUCACAGUUACACACGCCCACAGUCUUACGAAGAGCCCCCAAAUUUAUCGAAAAUCUGUCCAGUUGUGCCGAAGAUAGUCGUAAUAUAGACCAAUACAAACGUAUGGGUAGAGUGAUUGUACCGCCUCCUUUAUUUACACCAGCCAUCCAGGAUUCCAGUGAGGAGGAGGAUAGUUUUGCCUCGGCUAAAAGUUAUAAACGAGUCACCACCAACAACACCAUCCCCACCAACACCGCCAAUGGAGGCGAUCGCAUUUUAGCUAAAAUUUCAAAUUCUUCCUCUGUACAUUGCCAUCGUAGACAAAAUUCUAAAUCAGCCGAUCAAUUAGACGAUGUUGUGGCCUCAACGAAUAAACAACAACAAAAAACCGAAGCAAGUGUUGCUCGCAAACUCACCUUUAGCGAUAGCAACAUUAUAAACGAUAACAACGAUGUUAGUGCUCGUGACAACAUUGCAUGUGCCAAGUGUUGCAACAAUCACUGUAGCUGUAGCAAUCAAUUAAACACCCUCAACAUGGGUUCUCAUGAAACAACUUUCUAUAGUGCAAAUUCAUCGAUCGAUUGUAUGACUGCGAAAACCAACUCAAAUCCUCACAUUAUGCCAGAGGGAGUUUUAGAGUCACAUUUUCCUCUUCACCAGGAUGCAUUUACAAACACAACGGAAUUGUAUUCGAAACACUAUGCAUCGUUUAGCAACGACCAGGAGCACUCGGCUCUAGUACAAAAGCCGAAGGUCGCUUUCAAUUCACCGCUUUCGACCGGCACAAUGGGUCGGGGCAAAAGAAAAAACUGUAUAUAUCCUUCCGUAAUGUCAUCACAGCCGCUGUACACGGCAUUGGGUGACAAUGUUAAACUGUUUACUACUACUACUACUACAACUAACAAUACUAAUAAUACCACCACAAAUAUACCUGAAUUAACAAUUGCAAAUGGUUCUUCUAGUCCUAGUCCAAGAUCCCGAACACCUAACGAAAGUAGUGUUUAAUGCAAUUAGUACAAU